AUGGCUGGCGAUAACACUGAAAACCAGCUCCCUCCUUCACCCAAGUCCUCAGAGAUCAAAGAUCGAAGCCCAUCACCGGAAUAUGACCCCAAAGCUGGCGAAAACAGAUUGCGCCCGGCAGGAGAUAUUAUCAAUCGCAUAACCUGGGACUCGGGCUUUGAGCGCAACGACUAUAUCAUUGGGUUUGUGGAUCGAUUUGAAGGUCAACUGGAAGUCAGCAUGGAUAGCUGGAAGAAGGAAACCACCCAUGAGGAAUUCAUCCCGCAACACCGAGUGCUCUAUAUACGGCACAUCAAUGGCGAGAUUGUGUGGGAUCGGAGGAGGCGUAUUGACAAGAUCUUCAGCAGUGGAAACUCGGCGUUCAGCGAACUUGCCUUUCUUGCCUGA